UUCUCUUCACCGGGUGCCUUGAUGCAGCAUGUGACAAAGAACUGGCGGUCUGACUUCGUGACAAUGGAUCUGCGGACGCAAGAGCUGUUGGAGCCCUUUACGACAAGACCGUUCUUCAUGAUCGUCUCAAUUGACGCACCUUUGUUGUACGUUUCAGACGCUUACAGCUGUGAUGACACGGGGAUAACACUGGAAGACUUCGUUCGAGAACAUGAUAUCACUAUUAUGGUACAGCGAACUGCCGAUCGGCCGGCGUUAUCCUCUCUGAAUGCCUUGUAACCUUCACAUCGUGAAUCCUCGACUCGAUGGGACGCUGCAUUCGCACCUCGACGAGCUAGAUCUCCUGGACCCAGAACGUUUGAGACCGGGUGGGAUGCAUAUUUUAUGCAAUUGGCCACGCUCGCCGCGCGAAGAUCCAAUUGCAUGAAACGCAGAGUGGGAGCGAUCUUAGUGAGGAACAAGCGCAUCCUUGCUACUGGGUACAAUGGCACUCCGCGGGGGCUGCUCAAUUGCAAUGAAGGCGGAUGCAGCCGGUGCAACAGCGCCAGCGAAACGUCGGACGAAUGUGUCUGCUUGCACGCGGAAGAGAACGCUCUGUUGGAGGCAGGCAGAGAGCGCGUGGGCGACGGUGCUGUGAUCUACUGCAAUACAUGUCCGUGCCUCAAGUGUACCAUCAAAAUCAUUCAAACCGGUGUGAAGGAAGUCGUGUACAAUUUAAGCUACAAGAUGGACGACUCCUCCGCCGCCCUGUUCCAUGAAGCCGGGGUACUUCUCAGGAGGCAUGCGCCGCCAGCCUGACGUGUCAAGUCAUACC